UGAGUUACAAAUGGUCCUAGAAUGGCAAUAUGGCAGCCUCCUUCACGCCAAGAAAGUUGGACUGUAAAGAUUUGCAUUCGUAUUUGAAGACGUUACCCGGCCCUGUGUUAGACCGACUUUACAAUCACCCGGCAACAUGCCUUGCCGUAUUCAGAGAAUUACCAGAUUUAGCUCGACAGUAUGUGAUGAGAAAUCUAUUUAUAGAACAACCAGUCUCCCAAGCUGUGAUAGGACAAUGGGUUGUUAAUAAAUUUACUAACGAACAUAAAUAUGCUUGUAAAGCAUUAAGUGAAUUGCGGGUAUGGUAUGAACAGCCGAUUCCUGGAGGUCAACCAGGAUGGAUUCUAAAUCAAACGUUUAGAAAUAAUACAAAGGUAGCUCUACUUGGAGGAGGAAGUCCAUGGAUUGGAGGAAGAUCAACUACUGUAGAUAAAUAUGCUAAAGAUAUUCCUUUUUUAGAUAAAUAUGGUCAAGAUAGAUGGGAGUGUGUUUUACAUUUUAUGGUUGGGUCAUCCGAGGGUAGUGAAGGUGUCAGUAGAGAUAUAAUUGAAGUGCUCAAUAAUAGUGGUCUUAUGAAAGUGGAUGCCACGGAUUCAAACCCACUGAUAACACCAGCAGGAUUUCAGUUUCUGUUAAUGGACACACAAUCUCAAGUCUGGUAUUUCAUGUUACAGUAUCUAGAAACUGUUGAGCAUAGAGGAAUGGAUUUAGUAGAAUGUCUUUCAUUUCUCUUUCAACUAAGUUUCUCUACCCUGGGUCAGGAUUAUUCCACAGAUGGUAUGAGUGAAUCACAGUUAAAGUUUCUACAACAUUUGAGGGAAUUCGGUCUAGUUUAUCAGAGGAAAAGGAAAUCUCAGCGUUAUUAUCCAACAUGUUUAGCUAUAAAUUUAGCAUCCGGUUUGUCCGGUGUAUCUUCUGAUCAAGAGAAAGUAGGAUUUAUUAUUGUAGAAACCAACUACAGAAUAUAUGCCUAUACAGAUUCCCCGCUAAAGAUUGCUUUAUUAGCCAUUUUCUGUGAUAUGUUAUAUAGAUUUCCAACCAUGACAGUGUGUAAUUUAAGUCGAACAAGUGUUAGGGAAGCUCUUAUAAGAGGAAUCACAGCAGAACAAAUACUGAAUUUUCUGCGAUCUCAUGCCCAUCCUAAAAUGUUAGCCACAGCACCAGUAUUACCUCCGACUAUAACAGAUCAAGUUAGAUUAUGGGAAUUAGAACGUGAUAGGUUAAAGUUUGAUGAUGGCGUAUUAUAUAGUCAGUUUAACUCACAGUCAGAUUACGAACUACUCAGUGAUUAUGCCAAGGAUUUAGGAGUGUUAGUGUUUGAAAAUGCGUCUAAGAGAGUAAUGGUUGUAACAAGAUCAGGACAUGAUGAUGUUAAAAAAUUCUGGAAAAGACAGAAAAACAGCUGAGAAGAACAAAUAUAGUGUAUGGAUGUUACUACACAUUGUAUCAAAAUAUUACUUACAAAUCACCCAGUGACACAUGGUAAUCACUAACAAAGGCGCUGCUAGUAAUAUUAAAUGUAUGAGCAGCAGUCCUGUUACAUACAGGCAAUUAAUUGGUCCAACAAAUUGGCUACUGUAUCCAAGCGUUAAGUAAUUGUAAUUUUAUAAUAUAUUUAUAAAGUGCUCGAACACCAACAACCAUAUGCUGUUCAAUGGCGCUGUUAUGUUUUGUACAAUCAAAACACCCCACAAGAAGCAAAGUCUAUUACAGAAAAUAAAUCAACAACUUAAAGAUACAUUAUGGGAGAUUAGACAAAGAGCAGGCAGUUCUCACUAUAAUAGUUAAAAACUAGAUAAUGUAAAGGCAAUUUGCUGAAAAUUUCAGUCAAAUUGAUCCACUCUGAACCAAGAUUUUAGCAAUUGAAUUUUUGUCCUUGUCUCGAUCAUCAUUACUAAAGUCGGUACGAUAAAAACAUAGUCUCGAUUAUACAUUUCAUGAUUAAAUUAUGAAUGGAAGUCGAACAGCAAAUCGGAACCUAAUCCAAUAAACAUCGCAGGCUAGCGAUGGCAUCAAGAGUUGAUUAUGGUCUGGAUAAGCUAAUUAAUGCUUAAUUAAAAAUUUAGAUAACAUUUCAGGCCUAAAGAAAGACCUGCAAUAGGCGAUAAUUAGCUUUUGCAUAAUGUAUGUUUAAAGAGUGUUUGUUGUGGUUGAACCAUCAGUAUGGUUAAGAUUUGUGGUAAAUAAUCAUAAAUACAUAAAAUCAAACUCCAAUACAAAUAUUAAAAAUGUGUUUCCUAAAGCAUAAUUGUCUUGUCUGUUGGACCUUCUAAACUCUUUUGUAUCUGAAAGUAUAUAUUUUGUAAUGCUCAGGAAGAAUCAAAUCUUUUAAUCAAAUUGUUUAAUAAGUGACAAAUUAAUUAAAACACUUGAUUAUUACAGUUUGUCAACAACUAAUUGCUAUGUCAGGGGCGUGCAUUACCCACACCUUACUGUAGGUUUGAAAGUGUAAUAGGUAUGAGUGGCAGGUAUGUUAAAAUUUAUAGAUUGUUAGAAAUCUUUCAUUGUUACCUAUUUAAGCUUACGACCGGCAAGGAUAUGUCUUUAACAAUAUUUUAGUAACUGCAUUUAUUUGUAUCAGGCAUUUGUUGUUGUUCACUUCAUAUCCAAUGGUUUCCAUUUAGUUUUAAAGAAGAAGCAUUUGAUUUCUAACAUUUUAGAACUUCGUAAAAAUUGUUUAGAAUUAAAUUUUGUUUUGAUGCUUACAAGAAUUUAGACAUACAGUAUGUUCACUGAUUACUGUUAGAUUCUAGACCUUGCAUUCAAAGCUGCUCUUCUUCAAAACUAAAUAGUAAAUGGUUCCAACUGAUCAUCAAGUAUUGUUUUGUUAUCUUGUAAAAAGAAACGUUUGUAUAUAUAUUUUGUAAAUAAACUUGUUUAUACCGACCUACUAAAGAUUUGUUUUUA